ACUGAGGCUGGUUUGGCAUCUAGCUAGCGUUUGCCCCGACACAAGCUUCAUGGAAUGGCAAGCGUGGGGAACGAAGACAUUCUGAAUGACAGCUCCCGUAAUCCCGUAGCGUCCUGGCUGGGGAGGAUGGGAAUGGUCAGCCGAAACGUCUAGCAAGCCCAGGAUUUCCCCCGCAGGCUUUGUGAACAUCCAUGAAGGGCUCCAUCGCGUUGGUGCUCGACACGGUCACCCUAAGUCACCGUUCGGAGGACGAAAGGCAGCCCACCGCGUGAGCCACACUGACCGGGGCCGACAUGCUGAAGCCGAGUGGACUUAAAAUCCCCGGGAGGGCUGGGAAACACUCCAGCCCCAUGGGGCGCCCUGGCGCAACAGCGACCACGGCGGCUCCGACCAGCACUGCAACGAAGGAAGGGUCGCCUCUGCACAAACAGAGUUCCACCACUGCUCCAGCCACCACUGAAAAGCCGCCGGGGUCAAAGGUCGCCGAGGUGGGCGAUGACUUCCUGGGGGACUUCGUGGUGGGUGAACGGGUGUGGGUCAACGGGGUGAAGCCUGGCGUGAUCCAGUAUUUGGGGGAGACCCAGUUUGCUCCCGGACAGUGGGCCGGGGUGGUCCUGGACGACCCCGUGGGGAAGAACGACGGCUCCGUGGGUGGCGUCCGCUACUUCGAGUGCCAGCCCCUCCAAGGGAUUUUCACGCGGCCUUCCAAGCUGACCCGCCAGCCGACGGCGGCGGAGGGUUCCGGCAGCGACGCCCAUUCCGUGGAGUCCCUGACGGCGCAGAAUCUGUCGCUGCACUCCGGCACCUCCACCCCGCCUCUCUCGACCCGGGUCAUCCCUCUGCGGGAGAGCGUCCUCAACAACACUAUGAAGACGGGGAACGAAUCGGGAUCCAACCUCUCGGACAGUGGGUCGGUGAAGAAAGGAGACAAGGACUUCCGGCUCGGAGACCGUGUGCUCGUCGGCGGAACAAAGACAGGCGUGGUGCGCUAUGUCGGGGAGACGGAUUUUGCCAAAGGGGAAUGGUGUGGCGUAGAACUGGACGAGCCCUUAGGGAAGAACGAUGGAGCCGUUGCUGGAACAAGGUAUUUCCAGUGCCCACCCAAGUUUGGCCUCUUUGCACCCAUCCACAAGGUGAUCCGGAUUGGUUUCCCCUCCACCAGCCCAGCCAAAGCCAAGAAGAGCAAGCGGAUGGCCAUGGGGGUGUCAGCCUUAACCCACAGCCCUAGCAGUUCGUCCAUCAGCUCAGUCAGUUCGGUGGCCUCUUCUGUUGGGGGAAGGCCCAGCCGGAGCGGACUGCUGACCGAGACCUCCUCUCGCUACGCCCGGAAGAUCUCGGGCACCACAGCGCUGCAGGAGGCGCUGAAGGAGAAGCAGCAACACAUCGAGCAACUCCUGGCAGAGCGGGACCUGGAGCGGGCCGAGGUGGCCAAGGCCACCAGCCGCAUUUGCGAGGUGGAGAAAGAGAUUGCCGUCUUGAAAGCCCAACACGAGCAGUAUGUCGCUGAAGCAGAAGGAAAUCUGCAAAGGGCCCGGACGGUGCUAGAAGCGGCGCAGAAGGAAAAGAUUGAGAUGAUGAACCAGUUGGAAGAGGAGAAAAGGAAAGUAGAAGAUCUACAGUUCCGUGUGGAGGAAGAAUCCAUUACGAAGGGGGACUUGGAGACUCAGACGCAGCUGGAGCACGCGCGAAUCAGGGAGCUCGAACAGAACCUCUUGUUUGAGAAGACGCAGGCUGAAAAGCUUCUCAAAGAAUUGGAGGAUGCCAGGUUGACCACAGUUGCAGAGAAGUCCAGAAUCCUUCAACUAGAGGAGGAGCUGACUUUGAAACGGACUGAGGUGGAGGAGCUCAGGUGUUUGAAGGCUUCCAAUCUGCCGGAGUCUCCAGACCACACCUUUGGCUUGCAGAGUGAAGCCCUCCGUCUACGUGAUCAGCUGCUUUCGGCCAACAAGGAGCACCAGAAAGAGAGCAUCCAGCUGAAGGAGAAGUAUGAGAGGACCUUGAAGAAGCACCAGCAGGAGAUGGAGAAGUUGAAAGCACUCAAUGAAAAAUACUCCCAAGAAAUCGUGGAUCUCAAGCAAAAAGUCCAGCAGGCCACCAACGAGAACAUGGGACUGAUGGACAAUUGGAAGUCUAAGUUGGACACAUUGGCCUCCGAUCACCAGAAGUCGCUGGAAGACCUCAAGGCGACCUUAAAUACGGGCCCAGAUGCCCAACAUAAAGAGAUUGUGGAGUUGAAAGCCGCAGUGGAAAGCGUCAAGAUGGAACACCAACUGGAGCUGGAGAACCUGAAAGCCAGGCAUGAUAUUGAAAUGGCAGUCCACGUGAAAGAGAAAGAAGGUCUGAAGCUGAAGCUUCAAGAAGCCAAGGAUGGGUUGGAAGAAGUCAGCAACAACUGGAAAAUGCAGCUGGAGACCAAAACGAACCAGCAUCUUCUUGAACUCCAGGACCUGAAGGAGAAGUGUCGGGACGCUGAACUCCGGGUGCACGAACUGGAGAAAUUGCACAGCGACUACAAAGACCAGGCACAAGGCAUCGCUUUCUUGAAAGAGCAGAUCUCCUUGGCGGAGAAAAAGAUGCUGGACUAUGACGCGUUGCAGAAGACAGAGGCCCAGAGCAAACAGGAAAUCCAGCGGUUGCAGGAGAAAGUUCUUGUCUUAGAGAACAAGCUGCAGCCUUUGGAGUCUCGCCAUCCAUCCCAACAUGCCAAUAUGAUAGAAACAAAUGACAUCUCGGAGGAGAAGAUCAAGAUGAAGCAGAUCAUGGAAGAUCUCCAGGACAAGCUGAGUAAAAAAGACAAAGAGGUCUCAUCUCUUGUCUCCCAGACGGAAUUGCUAAGGUCCCAAGUAAGUGCUUUGGAAAACAGAUGCAGAAGCACGGAGAGGAAGGCCGAUUCUCUGUUGAAAGAGAAGACAAGGCUGGAAGCAGAAUUGGAAACGGUGUCUAGGAAAACCCACGAUGCUUCUGGUCAGCUGGUUCUGAUCAGCCAGGAACUGCUUAAAAAAGAAAGAAGCCUGAAUGAGCUCCGCGCGUUGCUCAUGGAAGCCAACCGGCACUCUCCCGGGCCCGAGCGGGACUUGAGCCGUGAGGUGCACAAAGCCGAAUGGAGGUUGAAGGAGCAGAAACUCAAAGAUGAUAUUAAGGGAUUGCGGGAGAAGCUGAUUGUCCUGGAUAAAGAGAAAGCCGUGACCGAUCAACGGCGUUAUUCCCUCAUUGACCCUUCGUCGGAGUCGGAGGUCCUCCGGUUGCAGCAUCGGCUCGUCCACACCGAGGACGUCCUGAGGAACGCGCUGGAGCAGGGCCAGCAGAUGGAGAAGCUCAUGGAGGCCAUGAGGAGCACUUCAGAAAAAGCACAGACUAUUGGAAACUCUGGAUCGGCAAACGGGAUCCAUCAGCAGGAGAAAUCUCACAAACAGGAGGAGAAGCACUGAUGACAGAGAAGAGGUGGAAACGAGACUGUAUGAUGAUAAGAUACAUUCCUCAAAAGACGUUGGAAAUGAGAUGGCUCCCCCCCAAAAAAAAUCCAGUUAAAGCGCCACCUAAAGUAUUUUCUGCUCUACGAACACUACUGCACUCAUAACGUAUUUCCACAGACUUCAAGAAGUCAACCCUUCGUUGAGCGUUGCUUCUCAAGCUGGGCCCAGUCCCUGAAGAAGACGCCGUGAGCAUUUCAGUGGUUGACCUUCUCCCGAUGCGAGGAUUGUAUUCUUGGCCAGGGAUUUCUAGUUCCAGUAUCUUGGAGGGUGGGGGCCCGGCAGCGGUGGCUGGUAAGAGUUGGGCCUGGGCAGUACAGAACAUGGGUGAGAUAUAUUUUUCCCCGCUUAGCCCAUUUUGGAAAGGUUGGUAAGGAUUUGUAACUAAGGAUCUGUAUGUGACGUUUGAAUCCCCUGCUUAAAUCUUCCCACUAGACUCUGGUGUUCCCACCCACCCCCUGUUCUGUGCUUUGGCGGGACUGCAGAAGGACGAAGCACGGUUCACUGUGGGAGGCACCUCGGCUUGUCUGUGCCCGUGGGAAAAUAAUCUCUCUUGCCUCGCCCCUACCCUGUAAGACAUUUUUGAGGUACAGAAUCUGGAGGCUGUGCUCGAUUCUAAUCGGAUAAUCUGGGGUGCCACAUUCUGAAGGUGGUCUUUUAACUUAUUUUAACGUCGGUAACUUUCAAGUCUUAGUUGUUUGGAGCAUAUGAAAUGGUGGCGGACUGGCGCUGCUGCCCGUAUGUUUAAGGGCUCGAGGAUCCUUCUUGAAUCCACCAGGGCCAAGAUUGGAGUAUGAAACAAAACCCGGUGUGGACAUAGGCAGAUAUAAGGGUCAGUGUAGUUGAAUCCUCAGCAGACCUCUGGAGGCUUUUUGGAGGUUCUGCUUCUCUCUCAGUGGCUUUCUCACCAAGAUUUGCUUUUCUCCCAAACAUUUUCUCACUAAAACCGGAAGUUAAUUCCGGCCCCUGCUAACACGGGCGCAGUUGAGACAUGCAGCGAAACAGAGGCAAAAUGGCUUAAAACACACACACACACACACGGUUCUGUGGAGCUUCAUGACUUCACUUGGGGCUGGAUCUGUUAAAGUGUUCCAAUGCCCCACCAAAAAAAAA